AUGCAUCUUCUCCCACUCCUGACCUUCUGGCUCUCAAUAUCAGACACAGCGCAAUGCGCCGAGUCAUCAACAGGUCCGGAAGUGGUAUCUAGCGAAAAUGGCAAAACAUCAACGGAAGCAACAAGACUAUCCUCCCCAGCAGGGGUUCUCCUACACCACGAUAUCGCCUCGAGACUAGCUUCCAGCCCCGCAAGUGGCGUUCGAAAGAUGAGCGCCGACGAAGGCGAGAAAUUCUUCUUUGAAGAUUGGUAUUUUGAGAAUGCGAGUUCGGACUCAUUACGUGAAGUAGGGUUGUCUGGACGGGAUUUGUAUCAUGGAGAGCAGAAUGAGACAAAGGGUAGCAUGGACACUGUCGCUACAGAAACCAAUGCCGAAGCUGGCGACCAAGAUGAAUAUGACUCGUCACCGGCCCUAUUCAUUGCCCAAGCAUUCGCGUUCGAGCCUUCAUUCCCUCCACUUUCGGGCUUGAACUCCGACUCGAACACAGACUCGGCUUCUGAUGCGCUGUUCCGUCUCGAGGCGCGCAAUUUCGAAUGCCCCACUGGUACAUCGGCAUGCACGUCCAUCGGUCGAUCCGAUCGCUGUUGUGGAUCCGAUGAGACGUGCGAGAUUGUCGCGGAUACUGGACAUGGGACUGUCGGGUGUUGUCCAAGUUGGAAGAGUUGUUCGGGGACGAUUGGGUCUUGUGCGGGUGGGUAUUCGGCUUGUGCGUCGGCUCUUGGGGGUGGGUGUUGUAUUCCUGGGUAUGAUUGUGUCGCAGGGGGAUGUGCAUACAUUACGGUGAUUACCGUGACUGUUCAUUCGACGGUUAUGGUAUCAACUGUAACAUAUUCGACUAGUCCGGUGUCGAGUUCUGUCUCAUCUUCCACUGGUUCGUCAACAUCAACCUCAACCUCAAAGUCAACGUCAAAGUCAAGCCAAACAACAGCAACCGAAACAACAGACAGUCUGGCUCCACCGGCUCGACCAACAAAUCUCUCUACAGUAACAAGUGCAGCUACCGGCGAGGAUGUCUGCCCGACAGGAUUCUACGCCUGUUCCGCCGUCUAUCACGGUGGUUGUUGCCGCACAGGUCGGAAUUGCGAUACGACUUCAUGUCCAACUACAUCGUCUACAACUCUGACAUCAAAUGGCGUGACGAUCGUUGCACCAGUCGCUUCUACAACAGUAGGCUCCAAUAGCAACGGUAGCGGAGGUGGAAAUCGUUGCGCCAACGGCUGGUUCAGCUGUGCUGAUACUGUAGGUGGGGGAUGCUGUCCCACAGGCUUUGCCUGUGGCGCUAGCUGUACUGCAACUGAUACUGCGUCUGCGACGACCGUGGCGAAGGGACAAGCUACCAAUGGGGCGAAGACUGGACGGGAUAUGUCGAGGGUCUCCGAGCCUCUGCCCAUCAUGUCCGACGCUCCCCAGAAGCCCCUCCCCUUUGUGUACCAGUUCGCCGCCGGUGCGGUGGCUGGUGUCUCCGAGACCAAGGCUGCCGUUGCCGGUGCUGAGCACUACAAUGGCAUGUUCGAUUGCUUCCGCAAGAUUGUCAAGCACGAGGGUGCUUCUCGUCUAUACCGUGGUAUCUCCGCCCCCAUUCUGAUGGAAGCCCCCAAGCGUGCGACCAAGUUCGCCGCCAACGACAGCUGGGGUGCCUUCUACCGUGACCUGUUCGGCGUUCAGAAGCAGACUCAAGGUCUGGCUACCCUGACCGGAGCCACAGCCGGUGCCACCGAGGCCUUUGUUGUUGUUCCCUUUGAGCUGGUGAAGAUUCGUCUGCAGGAUAAGGCCCAGGCCCACAAGUAUAACGGCAUGUUGGACGUCGUCAAGAAGAUUGUCACCCAGGAAGGUCCCCUCGCUCUGUACAACGGUCUCGAGUCGACAAUGUGGCGCCACAUCCUGUGGAACGCCGGUUACUUCGGCUGUAUCUUCCAGGUCCGCGCUCAACUCCCCGCCGCCGAGCCUGGCAAUAAGAGCCAGCAGACCCGCAACGACCUGAUCGCCGGUAGCAUCGGUGGUAUCACCGGUACCAUCCUCAACACCCCUAUGGACGUCGUGAAGUCCCGUAUCCAGAACACCUCCAAGGUUGCUGGCCAAACCCCCAAGUACAACUGGGCCUGGCCCGCCAUUGGCACCGUCAUGAAGGAGGAGGGCUUCUCCGCCCUGUACAAGGGUUUCACUCCCAAGGUUCUCCGUCUCGGACCUGGUGGUGGUAUCCUGCUCGUCGUCUUCACUAGCAUGAUGGACUUCUUCCGUACCAUGCGCGGCGAGUAA